AUGAGUUCUCUCGGUCUCAGUAGCCUCUUCAACGUGAAGGACAAAGUGGUGAUGAUCACGGGCGGUGGCCGCGGCAUUGGCAAAAUGAUGGCUGAUGGAUUCGUGCAGAACGGAGCUCGAGUGUACAUUGCCUCACGUGACUUGAAAGCGUGUAAUGUCACGGCCCAGGAGCUCACGGCCAGAGGCCCCGGUCAAUGCUUUGCCCUCGAAGCUAAUUUACAGAGCGAAGCUGGUUGCAAGCAGCUGGCAGCAGCUAUUGCCAAACAGGAGACACAAGUUGAUGUCCUUAUUAACAACUCGGGUGUCUCAUGGGGAGGCGACUUUGACCACCACCCCGAGUCUGCUUGGACCAAGGUCUUGACGGUAAAUGUGACCGCGCCGUUCCAUCUGAUCAAGUUCCUCUUGCCAUUGCUGGAUGCUGCUGCCGUGACUUCGGAUGCUGCUCGCAUCAUCAAUGUUGGCUCAGUGGCUGGUCUCGUGCCCCAGCCAAUCGACACCAUUGCCUACGACACAUCGAAAGCAGCUGUCCACCACAUGACGCGUGUACUGGCAGCAAAGUUGGCGCGUCGGCCAAACGGAGGUCAUAUCCUUGUGAACGCCAUUGCGCCGGGAUUAGUGCCGUCCAAGAUGUCGAAGGGUAUUUCAAUGGUUACAGGCCAGGCUAUGGACGACCUUGCGACGAGGAUCCCAAUUGGGCGUCUCGGUCAGGACGCGGAUAUGGCUGGACUCGCUAUUUUUCUGUCUUCGAAGGCGUCAGGGUGGAUCAGUGGCAUGGUGAUUGCCUCGGACGGUGGACAAGUGUACGCUGUGGAGACCGGUGUGGGGUCGGCUAAGUUAUACAGCAGCGACUUUGGCGCGUACGUUGAAAUCCAUUACGGUUCCAGUCAAGCUGCAAAUUCACUGACGGCCAACGAUUAG